AUGGUUUCUGAAAUUUCUGAAAUUCGAAAAGGUCUAUAUGAAUUUCCAUUACUAAUUCUGGUAAGUGUAUAUGAAUAUCCAUUAAAAUGUCGGGUCAGGGCUGCCAACCGUACCCAUUUUGGGGGGUACAUAUUUUGUACCCCAUUUCGAUUUUUAAGUCUGGAAUGUGAUAAAACACCAUAUCAAGGUGUAUAUGAAUAUCGAUUACAAUUUCUGGUCUAUAUGAAUAUCGAUUACAAUUUCUGGUCUGUAAUGAAAUUGCAUUAA